CUUUCACUGUUGUAGCGCGGAGAGAGGAGGAGCCGCAACCGGUGCAUCGCAUAUCGACUCCAGCGGAUAAUCUGAGGCUGUCCCACACCAUGAAACAAAAAGGAUGUUGCCCUUUACAGCUCCCUUCGUACUGAUCAAAUGGUACAGAGGUUUCGUCCAAUGGGUCUUCAUUUGAACACCGUGGACCGAGCAUUAAAUGAAAGCAUUUGGAAUUAGCAGCAGGAUAUCUUACACCGGGCGAAUAGUGUUUUCCAGAGAGCAGUUUGUUGGCUGGCCCGUGUGGAUUUGACGUCUGUGUGCUGCUGGAUGUUUAGGGGAAAUAAGGUUGCCGUCGUUGUCCUAGAAGAUGGACAGCUUAAACGAACUGGAGAAGUAUACGAAGUGUGACAUCACACAGGAGAGCAUACUACUCUGAAUUUGGUUGCUCCAGUGUUGCAGCUUUCUUCAAGCUGCCCAGCGUCAAAUCUGCCUUAAAAUGGAUGCUCUGUUGAAUCCCGAGCUCAGGGAGGAUGUAAAAGAUUGUUCGAUCAAGGUUGAAAACCUCUCGAAGCACGUCAUAUUCAAAGGUCUUGCCCCUAGGGUUGUAUUGACAAACCAUCUCCUGCCCAAAGGAACCAAGUCAAAAGUAAACCUUGAGGAACAGGGCCGACAGAAGAUCUCCUUCAGCUUUACGCAGACUAAGAAGCCACGUCAGAAUGUAUUUUUAGCCCCCCCAAGCCUGGAGAAGAGCGAGCAUUCAUCUCCAGUGCAAGCUGGGACUGUACCCACUUCAGAUCUAGCGGGACACAGUAAGGAAAUCAAAAAUGUGGAUGUCAAUUGUUCUGUUGUUGCCGCAGCAGUGAGGGAGUCCCAGACAACACAUUCUCCAGUAUCCUUUCCACUCAAAUCAAAACAGGAUCUUGGAAAGAUCCAUUUUAAGAAACAGAUUAUCAGCAUUACUGUUGCAGAGGGUAACUCCAAUGUCAGCACUGCCCCAGGUGAGAUUUCAAAGCCUGUAGUUCCAUCAAGCUCAGUCAGAACUAGAUCUUCAUCCAAGGUUGAAACUGAAACCUUAUUGCGACAGUCACACAAGAACUCUGUCAUUGAUAGUUCCUCUGAAAAAGCUAUUUUCAAAGAGGGAAACCCUCAGGAGAAAUCAGAUUCAUGCCUUAAGGACGUUGUUUCUUCCCAUAUUGGGAAGGGAGAUACCGAUUCUUCCAUCAUUUCUGAGCAUGAAGACAACAGAAAAUCCCAGUCCCGAUCAGACAGCACUCUUCCAGGUUCAGAGUCUAAAGGAAAGACUUCUAGCCGAAGGUCUAGUGACAGGAAAAAUACAGCAAAAUCUGAAGGUCAGAGUAAUGAAACGAAAAGGUCCUCUAAUUCCAAAACUGAGGAAUGUGAAAAAUCAAGGUCUGACCGAAAGGAAGAUGAAAAGGGUUCGAGUCGUUCCAAGUCUGAGCGUGAGUCCAGGCACAUGUCUACAAGAUCAUCUCGUUCUGAAAGAGACAGGAGGAGGACCAAAAGUCGGUCGCGGUCUAGAUCCCGAAGCUGUCGAACUAGUUCUUAUUCCAGGUCUGAGAGGUCAAGGAGCGAUAGACAGUUAAGGUCAGAUAGGUCACAUUAUCAUGAUUCUGAUAGAAGGUUUCAUCGAAGUUCUCCUCACCGUGAAAGGAGAAACUCACGUUCUCGAGGCGAUGGCAGGUCUCGUGACAGCUCCGACUCAGAAGAGGACCACAGGCGGAUGAGGACUCGAGGUAGCGACUCAAGCCGAUCAUCCAAUUACUCUAGCUCACAAAAAGACUCUAAAUCAAUUGCGCACUCCAGAUCCCAUAGGGACACAAAAACAACAGAUUGUUCUCGAUCAACAGAGUCAGACAAAAGAAGUCAUUCAAAAUCAGAACGAUCUCAUGGAAAAAGUGGUGACUCUGAAUCCAACAAAAAGAGCUCUCUGGAAGCAGUGGGUGUUCACAGAACAUCUAGCACCCAGUCAAAAUCAGAGAUCAAUACUAAAACCUCAGAUUCCAACCCAGCUACCUCAUCAAGAACAUCAGAAAAGAAGGUCCAGAAAAACAGUGGCAGCUCUGACUCUGAUGAAGAGCAUAGAAAAAAAUCUCAGUCACAAGGGUCAGACAAGUCUUCUGGUUCCGGUAGUUCAUCAUACAAAAAAACAGAUCACAAGACUUUAAAUAAUGGAACAGACAGACAAUCAACUGACAGGUUAAUUAAAAAUAUGAAGCAGUCACAUUUAGGAUCCAGUCAAAUUAUUCCGCAGAGGGAAUGCAAAGUUUAUGUUGAACCUCUGUGUGAUUACUUGGCUCAGUCUAAAUCUAAAAGUUCUCAAGAAACGCAUGAAGCUACGCACAUAACAACAAAUCAACAAGUUGAGCAUCAAUGUCCAAACCAAGAUCUUAGUAACCUGGAACAUUGCACAGAUGAGAAGCAAAAGACAACGGAGAUAUUGAAAGAAUCAAAUUCUAGUAGUCUCAAAGUUGAAAGUUGCACUCUGAUUGACAAAACUGAAAUAAAGGAUGAGACUCCAGUCCAAAGUGAAUCUCUGACUGAUGAAACGACUGAGACGGUUCUUGUGGUCCACACUCCAGACCAGGAUCCAGUAGGAUCACUGGCAGACUCUCUUUCUGUGAAAGAAUCACCACCUGGAGAAUGUUUGAAAUUGAACACUAAAUUGGAUGGCUCAUCAUUAAUUGUUAGUAACCUUAGUGUGCCUGUCACACAAAGUGCUGAAUCUUGUGAAACCGAUUCUAAGGAGCUUAGUUUAAUAUCUGAACAACCUAAUAGUGGGACUGUGAAAAAAGAUAAUAGUGCUAGAAAAUCAAGAUGGGACAUUGUUGGCCAAAACACUUUAGAAUCUCAAAGCCCUGUGAAGAUGUUAAAUCCAGAUAUUGUCACCUCUGUGAAGGUCAUUUCAGUGAUGAAAAUUGAGUUGAAAAAUGAGACUAACCCUGAUGGAUCUGAAGUACAUUCUGACAAAUCUGUGGAAGGGCUAAGAGAUGUCACUUCUCUUGAAUCUUUGGAAAAACCAAGUACUCCGUUGCCUGACCAUGAUACCCAUCAAACGUGUGAUGAACCUGUUGUAAAUCUGUCUUGUGAAAUUCCUGAAUCAGAAAGUGCCCCUCUUGAUCUUCAUCCUAAUUUAACAAAUUCUGAAACAGUCAGUGUAGACAAACCAGUGACUGAAGCAGAAGACCCUGAUUCUUUAAACCAUGAUGCUAAAAGUCACAGCGAUGACAGUGAGAGCGAAGAUUCCGACUCCGAUUCAGACGAUGGACAGGUCUCUUUGAAACGACUACACUCUGUGGUGGUUGUGCCAAAAAAUUCAACCAUUGCUUUAGAGGCUAAAGAUUUGAGUGAGCCUUCUGGGUCUUCUGUAUUUCCUGACCAGCAGCAAACACCUGAUGCAGUUGAAGCCUUGAACAGGGAACCUGGUUAUAGAUUUAAUUCUCAGUCAAACCUUGAGGAACCAUCGACUCCACACUUUAAGGCCAGUGCACAAAGGGCCGAUGAUAAAUGUCAAUCUACUUCUCCUGGUGUGUCUUACCAAUCGCAGAGCAACAUGGUUGACAGCACCAGCCAUUCAGAAGCCACCCAUCACGUUGACACAAAUUGGAGUGCCCAAGAACGACAUGGUGUCUAUUCCCAGAUCAACCAAGCCUCUGUUCAGAACUUUGACAAGACUUGUAGACGACCUGAAUCGGGUCAUCAUCAGUACCAUGAUCGACCAGAUAGUUGGAAUGGAAGAAGGGGAGGAAGACAACAGUAUGAUGAUUCAGACUUUAGUGAUGGGAAGAGUUGUAGUUUGGCCUGGGAUUUCCACCAGUCAGAGCAGCCCAGCAGCACAUUUCAGCAACCUGACAGCAGUCAUGGUAACGAACGUCUGCCACAGCCAGGAACUGCUGUCUUUGAGGGUGGUAACAAACAAGGUCCGUGGGCUCAGCCUACUAUCUCAAAAACCAGCAAAUCAGUCAACACACAUGUGCCUUCCCAGUAUCAUGAUUUAGUCAACCAGAUUCAUCCAGACUCCCUGACCAAUGACCAUGAUGAGGACUGCGAGGGAAGAGUAAUGGGGAUUAAGAGAGGAUCCGUCCCAGAUGCUGAACAUCCAGGGUUUUCCCCAUUUGUUCAAGCCAAUGAGAUAAGUAGCAACUGCAGCUUUACCACAGAGGGUCAACACAUCUUGGAAGCUCCUAGAGAGGACAACCAAAAGCCUCAUAGAGGAAGGGGUCCACCCAAGAAGAGACGUCAGGACUUUGAAUCAGAAUCAGAUAAUGAGGCAGAUCCUGGGCUGGCCAGUAAACGGGAAUGUUUUGAUGAGGGUUCAAGGAGUGCCAAAGAUGGCAAGGAAUCAUCUGACCAAAUUCAGGAGGUACGUCGCCCACUGCUUCGUCUAAAAAAUUUUCGAGAUCCAGCUGAGUGGAAGGAUAAAGCAAAGCAGAAGAAAAUGCCUCCUUACUUUGACCUUAUUGAGGAGAAUUUGUAUCUGACAGAACGCAAGAAAAACAAAUCUCAUCGUGACAUUAAAAGAAUGCAGUGCGAAUGUGCUGUCCUGUCAAGAGAAGAGCGAGCCCAAGGGAUCAUGGCGUGUGGAGAAGACUGUCUUAAUCGCCUGCUAAUGAUUGAGUGUUCCUCCCGGUGUUUAAAUGGAGCGUACUGCUCCAAUCGCCGCUUCCAGUUGAAACAGCAUGCAGACUUUGAGGUCAUUUUGACCGAGAGCAAAGGCUGGGGUUUAAGAGCCGCCAAAGACCUGCCAGCGAACACCUUUGUUUUAGAAUACUGUGGGGAAGUUUUGGACCACCGGGAAUUUAAGGCACGGGUGAAGGAGUAUGCCCGAAACAAGAACAUUCACUAUUAUUUUAUGGCUUUGAAGAACAAUGAGAUCAUUGAUGCUACACUAAAAGGAAACUGCUCCCGUUUCAUGAAUCACAGCUGCGAACCCAACUGUGAAACUCAGAAGUGGACUGUGAAUGGUCAGCUCAGAGUUGGCUUUUUUACCACCAAAACUGUGACAGCUGGGACAGAGCUCACGUUUGAUUAUCAGUUCCAGAGAUACGGGAAAGAGGCUCAGAAGUGUUUCUGUGGAGCUCCCAGCUGUCGAGGAUUAAUUGGGGGAGAGACUCGAGUCAGUGUCCGGGCAGCAGGUGGAAAGAAACAGAAAGAACGGCCACGGAAGAAAGAAACUGAUAGUGCCCUUACCACGUUGGAUGAAGAGCUGGAGGCUUUGCAGGAGAAUGGGGAAGGCUUAUGCGGGGAGAAGGAUGUGAUCUCGCUCUGCAGGCUCAUGGUACGAGUGGAGACAAUGGAGCAACGACUUACCUGCCUCAAACUCAUCAGGAAUACCCAGAAUCCAUUGUGCCUGAAGCAGUUUUUGGAUCACCAUGGACUCUCUCUGCUGUGGAUAUUUAUGGUUGAACUAUCAGAGGCCAAGACCAACUCUGUGAACAACAUCAAACUACAGUUUGAGAUAAUGAAGGCACUGGCAGUGCUACCCAUCUCCACAAAGAACAUGCUGGAGGAGAGCCGUGUGCUGCAGUUCAUCCAGCGCUGGGCACAGAAUCGUCCACUUGGUCAACCUGCAGAACAAGAUGGCUACUCUAGUGAGAGCACCUCACGUGCCCAGACGCCCCUCAACACCCCUGAUGGUCCACCAGCCAAGCUGAUCACCGAACUGGAUGGAGACACUCCCAAGCGAGCAGUCUAUCGUAGGUUAAAGAUCAUCAGCGAGAACAGCCUGGACAGUGCACACUCAGAUGCUAGUAAAGCUUCAGAUGGCAAAGAGGAGGAUGAUGAUGAGGAAGAAGAAAUGGAGGACGAGGCUUCACAGUUGGAAGCCACAAUUGAAACAUCAGUCAAAAUAGUAGAAAGAGUUGAGGAGGCUCCUGCUGAGGGUCAGGCUGAGGUUGAGCCCGUGUUGAAACAGGAAACCUCUGACACUGAGGAGAUUACGCUAUCAAAGUUUGAAGAUAUAAGCAAAAGAGAGCCCAUCAAAGGGCAAGAACCUGAGAAGGCCAAGAACGUGCAAGAAUCUGAGGAGGCCAUGAAUGCGCAAGAACCCAAUGAGGCCAUGAAUGCGCAAGAACCCGAGGAGGCCAGGAAUGUGCAAGAACCCGAGGAGGCCAUGAAAGAGCAAGAUCCCAAGGAGGCCAUGAAAGAGCAGGAUCCCAAGGAGGCCAUGAAAGAGCAAGAACCCGAGGAGGCCAUGAAAGAGCAAGAACCUGAGGAGGCCAUCAAAGUGCAAGAACCUGAGGACGCCAUCAAAGAGCAAGAACCUCCAUCGCAAGAACCUGAGGAGGUCAUCAAAGUGCAAGAACCUCCCUCACAAGACCCUGAGGAGGCCAUCCAAGCGCAAGACCCUGAGGAGGCCAUCCAAGCGCAAGACCCUGAGGAGGCCAUCCAAGCGCAAGACCCUGAGGAGGCCAUCCAAGCGCAAGACCCUGAAGCGGCCAUCCAAGCGCAAGACCCUGAAGCGGCCAUCCAAGCGCAAGACCCUGAAGCGGCCAUCCAAGCGCAAGACCCUGAAGCGGCCAUCCAAGCGCAAGACCCUGAAGCGGCCAUCCAAGCGCAAGACCCUGAAGCGGCCAUCCAAGCGCAAGACCCUGAAGCGGCCAUCCAAGCGCAAGACCCUGCAGAGGCCAUCCAAGCGCUAGACCCUGAGGAGGCCAUCCAAGCGCUAGACCCUGAGGAGGCCAUCCAAGCGCUAGACCCUGAGGAGGCCAUCCAAGCGCUAGACCCUGAGGAGGCCAUCCAAGCACAAGACCCUGAAGAGACCAUCCAGGCUCAAGACCCUCAAGAGACCAUCAAAGCGCAAGAACCUGAAGAAACCAUCAAAGCGCAAGAACUUGAAGAAACCAUCAAAGCACAAGAACCUGAAAAGACACUUCCCUGUAAAAACGAAGACCAACAGACCAACGAAGAAAAUAAAUUGUCUAAUGAAGAGAAGCUGGUAGAGGAGACCAAGAGUGAGGAGCUAUCUAUGAAUUCAGCAGAAGAUCAACUUGCACUCAUGGACAUCACAGCUGCAGAGAUCAAUGGGAACAAAAUCGUAGUUGCUGAUGUGGAAACUCCCACUGUUGAAGAACAGGUGGAGAAAUCAUCUGAACAGUGCAGCUCAGAAAGCAACACAAGUUGUAGCAUUGUGGAGAUUGCACCCACACAGCCCUCAGAAGUCUUGACAAGCAUUUCUGAAGCCAAAGCUGAUGCCAUAGAAGGCACACCUGCAGAAUCUCCAUCCGUCUCCAUGGAGACCACUCCACCUGGUUCCUGUACCGUUUCUUCAGCAAAUGCAUCAUCCGAGCCUGUCUUACCCGCUGGUUCUGCAGAUACUUCGGCCGUUGGUGCUGUGCUCGUUCCAGCAGAGGGUGCUGCAGUAGGAACUCCCUCACAAGAUGAGGAUGUUUCUGAUGUAGAAAGUGAACGCAGUCAGGAGCCGCAAGUGCGAGCUUGUGAUAUCAGUGACAUGGCUGCCCGUCUGCUGGACAGCUGGAAAGACUUGAAGGAGGUUUACAGGAUACCAAAGAAGAGCCAGGUUGAGAAAGAGUCAAAUGAUCGCAGUCGUGAUCGGGAAUUGCUGAUGACCCCUCGCACACCCUCGAGCAGUCGGGAGAGAGAACGAGAACGAGACAAGGAUAGAGAUCGAGACCGGGAACGGGAGAGAGAAUGGGAGCGUGAACGGGACUGGGAUCGGGACAGGGAUCGAGAUAGGGAUCGUGACCGUGACCGGGAUGUUGAAAGAUCAACCCUUCGCAGCGCAGACAGGAAACGACGACGAGGUUCCACCUCCCCUCUGCCACCUUCAGCCUAUGAGAGAAGCCGCAGAAAUGAUGACCGUUAUGAGCAGACCAACAGCAGCAAGAAGAAACUGCUCACCAAAGAGUCUCGUAACAAGCUGUCCACGGAGGAACGACGGAAACUCUUCGAGCAGGAAGUGGCUCAGCGUGAGGCCCAGAAACAACAACAACAACAGCAGCAGCAACAGCAGCAACAACUGCAAACACUCGCAUUCAACCCGCUGGCCUACGCCUCCAGCCCAAGCUUUAUGGGCUACCCACCUGGAUACCCUAUUCAGACAUAUGUAGACCCCACUAAUCCCAAUGCAGGAAAAGUUCUCUUACCCACACCUCCCGUAGAUCCUAUCUGUGUCACAGCAGCUGCUGCCGGCACUGCCGUUACCUUUGAACAAACGCCUUCUCAGCCGAUCAUAUCAGAACUUGGUCUGGCUUCACCUUCUUCCACCAUUACCCAGGCUGUACCGGCUUCCACCUUGACGCAUAUCCCUGCCUCUUUGGAGCUGUCAUCCGCCACACCGACUCAGCAGUUUGUCCAGCCUGCUGUGCCAGCGCAGGACCCAAGUGUGGCUGUCCUGACGGUUCCUGCGCAAACAGCCAACCAGCAGGUCCAGAGUCAGCAGGGCUACACCACGCUCUGGGACCCCAACACACAGCAGGCGGUCACAGUGCAGACGCAACCGACCCAGCAGUAUUCCACCACAGCUCAGCCACAGACAGCUAUCUACUAUCAGGGUCAGCCCUGCCCGACCAUCUAUAGCAUUCCUACAGGAUAUCCACAGACCAGCACUCCUGUUAUACAGACAUACUCUGAGCCAGCCGCCAGCUACUUGCACGGACAGCAGGUGUACACAGGGCAUCCGCAGGGUGUGGUCGUGCAGCAGGGAGGCACUGUCACCACAAUUGUCACAUCUCAGACUGUUCAACAGGAAAUGAUCGUACCCAACAGCAUUAUUGACCUGCCGCCCCCCUCCCCACCUAAGCCAAAAACCAUCAUUCUGCCGCCCAGCUGGAAGGUGGCGCGAGACCCGGAGGGCCGAAUCUAUUACUACCACAUCAUUACCAGGCAAACACAGUGGGAUCCACCCAGCUGGGAUGGGACUACAGAAGAGGCCAAUCUAGAACACGAGGCUGAAAUGGACCUUGGGACGCCCACAUACGAUGAAAAUCCUUCAAAGUUCUCGACGAAGACGGCCGAGGCCGACACGUCCAGCGAGCUGGCCAAAAAAAGCAAAGAAGUCUUCCGCAAGGAGAUGUCACAGUUCAUUGUGCAAUGCCUUAAUCCAUAUCGCAAGCCAGACUGCAAGCUGGGCCGCAUCAGUAACACGGAGGACUUCAAACAUCUUGCUAGGAAGCUGACUCACGGGGUGAUGAACAAGGAACUGAAAUCUUGCAAGAACCCCGAAGAUCUGGAAUGCAAUGAGAAUGUCAAACACAAGACCAAGGAAUACAUCAAGAAGUACAUGCAGAAGUUUGGCUCCGUGUACCGGCCCAAGGAAGACACGGAGCUGGACUAAUGUCCCGAAGCAAAUCCAGGAACCUCCUUGCAGUCGCCGGCUCUGAGCAGCUGGCCCGAACAGUUUUCGAAACAUCAGACAGGACGGCACCAGAGCGAGUCCUGUUGUUUUUUCCAUUGUCUUUCUGAACACGUCCUAGAUGCUGCUCUGGCGCGAGCUGUCCCGCACGGAGACGGAUUUACAACGAGACGUGCCUCGAAGGAAACGGCCGCGGUAUGAAAUGCAGAGGACACACACAUCAAGGGUGCUACUAGACAAACUUUGUCACAGAUUUCAUGAUAUUUUUAGUCUUCUUAAAAACAUCUCAAAAUGAUCUAUAAGGCAGAUGCACUCGCGUUGUAGAGGAGGAUCAUCUUGAACUCUUCUUCAUGAAGAAACAUUAGAUGGACCAUUUAAAUGCUUUACACCUCUUGCCACCCCACUCUGUUACUGUAGAUUUUAUUUAAGGGCUUUGCUAGUCCAACUCCUUUCUGAUAUCAAUCAAGGCUGAUGAAGAAAACAAAGAAGUUCUGGCUUGGCAGUCACGACACAUGCUAAGGAUUAGUCGCAAAUGUGAGCCAAUGGAUGAGCCUGUAUUCACUUUCUCAACAACCUAUCAUCAUCUGCAUGGACUCACACCCCGCUCAGCAUUGUUUUUACGCUUUUAAGACAUGGAGUUACAUUGAAUGGUGCAGGUCUGUGGUCUAACCCCAUCUGAUCUGGUCUUGUUUCUCCUCAAAGUUAUGUAGCAAGAAGAUUUUAUCGAGGUCUUUCACACUGUUUUUACAUUAACGUUUUUAUAUUCGCAUCGCAAAGGCAAAUGUGAAGCCUUCCGGGCAACUUGUAGCUUGUUUUGGUGUAAGGAUCAGGUUAACUGUCCCAUAAGCUCUACCCAUUAAUCAACUCAUCCCAUAAUCGUUACCAUGCAUUAAAUCUGUUCCCAAUACGUGUAUUAUAUUGCUUUAUAUGUGAAUAUAUUGAGAGCUAGUUUUUGAGACCAUUAGCAGAGACUUUGUAAAAAGACUGUGGGGUUCUACUGUUUCUCAUGUAAAUAUGUGUAAUUAUACCAAACCGGAAUAAUGGGAUUAGAAGGAUGUGCUCCGUCCUCGUAAGUGUGACUCCGAUGAUCCUACAUCAAGCAGAAUUCCACACGCUCCCACUGCUCCGAAUGUUGGGUUGGGUUUUAAUAGUGGGGGUGUCAUUAACUUUUUCCUUGCUGAAAGACUUUGGAUUGUUUUAUAUGGACAUAAAGGAGUCUCACCCCACUCCACUGUAAGUACUGUGCAAGCACAUUGUCAUACUGAGUGUAAAAACAUUUUAAGGUAAAAUAAACUGUUUUCUAA